GUCUGAGCUGCAGGAUCCCCUCAAUCCCUGGCAGCACAGGGUGUCUGAGCUGCAGGAUCCCCUCAAUCCCUGGCAGCACAGGGUGUCUGAGCUGCAGGAUCCCCUCAAUCCCCGAGAGCACAGGGUGUCUGAGCUGCAGGCUCCCCUGAGCCCUGCCUGCCUGGCAGCGUGGUUAAUGAUUGAUUACCCCCUGCACCCCGUCCUGCGCUGCCCUGCCCAGGGAGCGAGUGCUGGAGCCCAGGGAAGCAGGAGGAUGCUGCUGCUGCUGCUCCUGGCGCUGCUGGGCCCCGCUGGCUGCCCCAGGACAGAGCCCCUGAGUGGCUCCAGCCAGGAGCCGCUGUUCCGCGGCGCCGAUCGCUACGACUUCGCCGUCGUCAUCCCCGCCGGCACCGUGGAGUGUUUCUGGCAGUUCUCACACCAGGGUGGCAACUUCUUCUUCAGCUACGAGGUCCAGCGGGCAACGGGGAUUGGCAACAGCAGGAACAUCCUGGUGACAGCGAGUGAUCCCGAUGGCUUCCAGCUUGGAGUGUCCCAGGACGUGCGAGGACAGAUCAACUUCCUCACCAAGGACACAGGUUUCUACCAGCUCUGCCUGGACAACCAGCAAAACCACUUCGGCCUCAUGCAGGUGUAUCUCAACUUUGGUGUGUACUACGAUGACUUCAACAUGGAACACGAGCAGCCAGCAGAGAGGAAGGAGCUGAACGACACCCUGGAGGCAAUUGGGGUGAGGUCAGGGAGCCCACAGCGUGCCCCAGCACAGCAGGGAUGGCCAUGUCCUGCCCAGGACACCGAACAUUUGCUCAGGCUGAGCUCAGCACUGAGCCCCACGGGCAGCUCUGAGUGCGGCCCUGCCUCUCCUGCAGGUGAGCAUCCAGAGGCUGCAGAUCCACACCUUCCACAUGUGGCGCUUCUACAACUUCGCCCGGAUGCGGAAAGGGGCCGACUCCUUCCUCCUGGAGUCCAACUACAACUACGUCAACUGGUGGUCCCUGGCCCAGAGCUGUGUCAUUGUCCUCUCCGGGGUGCUGCAGCUCUGCUUCCUCAAGCGCCUCUUCCACACACAAACCUCGGGCAGCCACAAGUGCUAGAACAGGGCAGGGACCCCCCUGCAGAGCCUGCCUGCCACCCUGUCCCACCACAGAGUCAGAGGAAAUGCUGGAUCCUGCUUCCAGGAGGAGGCUGGAGAGCUCCCCCUGCUCCUGCCUCAUCUCUAGCCCUGACACCACCCCAAGAAAAGUCAAAGGCCACACUGUCACCUGAGUUCUGUGUGGCUUUGUCACGUUUCUAUGUCUUAAUGGGCUUUUUCUACCAGACUCCCAAUAAAAGAACCCCUGGCAAAGUCUGGGGAGCGACUGCUGCCUGCUGCUGUCAUCCAGCCUCUGUGAGCCUAAACACUGCUGGGCCCUCUCCCUCCUGAAGC